AUGGCGCUGAAUGAUGACGGCGUGUGUGUGAGGAAGUCCAUGUGCAACUGUAGGGACGGCGACAGGGUGUACGCACCGGGGAGCACCAUCAAGAAGGGCUGCAACACUUGCUAUUGCGAGAGCGGCAUUUUCAAUUGUUCAGAUCACGAGUGCCCGGAUGUGUACGCAUGUCCGAGGAACCUCGUCUAUCGCGAUGACGUGUCCCCGUGCCCUUUGACCUGUGCCAACAUGAUCGAAGAUGAAUACUGCAACCUGUUCAGACAACCGGGUUGCGGCUGUCCCGAUGGCAUGGUGCUGGACGAGGACUAUUGCAUUCUACCAGAGAACUGCCCUUGUCAUCAUGGCUUGAAAAAGCAUCAGAGGGGAGAGACCAUCACAAAGGACUGCAAUAUCUGUGUAUGUAAAGGCCGACACUGGGAGUGCUCCGACAACAAGUGCGCGGGGGUGUGCAUCGCUAGCGGGGACCCCCACUACAUCACGUUCGACGGCAAGUCCUUCUCCUUCCAGGGCGGAUGUAACUACAUCCUGAGUAAGGACCUGGUAACGAACGAGUUCGCCAUCACGGCGGAGAACGUACCGUGUGGUACCAGCGGCGUCACCUGUACCAAGUCCGUUACUAUCAUCAUAGGCAGUACGGUCAUCAGCCUUGUAAGAGGAAGAAAGGUGACAGUGAACGAUGUGCCGAUCCUCCCUCCCAAGGCAUAUAACGGCACAGGAUUGGUCAUUCACAAGUCAGGCAUCUACGUCAUCGUGUCAAGUGUCAUUGGCCUGGAGGUCAAGUGGGAUGGACAAACUCGUGUGUAUGUCAAACUGGACCCCGUUUUUGAGGGUAAGGUAGGGGGUUUGUGUGGAAACUAUGACGGUAACGCAGAGAACGACUUCACGGCACGACAAGGCGGGGUGGAGAGUGUGGCGCACAUGUUCGCUGACACCUGGCGCGUCAGUACGUCAUGUAUGGAGACCGAACCGCCAACAAUGCACCCUUGCAAGUCCAGUGCACGCGAGACCUAUGCCAAGAAGAUGUGCGGUGUGCUGACAGGUCCGAUGUUCGAGCCAUGCCACAGUGUGGUACCCUAUGAGAUGUACUACGCCUGGUGUGUGUAUGACUCCUGUGGGUGUGACUACGGUGGUUUCUGUGAGUGCAUGUGUACGGCCAUCUCUCUGUACGCACAGAUGUGCAGCGAUAACGGCAUCUACAUCAGGUGGCGCUCUCAGGAGCUGUGUCUUUAA